CCGCGACUACCGGCAUGCUCGAGUGUUCCUUCACGAGCAGAGCUUCAUUCAUUGGACAAGAAAUACGUCGUGACACCCAUGACUGCCACACGAAGCCCCGCACAGUACCAUAAGGAAUCUCCGUUUGCGGAAGAAAAUUUCACGUUAGCACCGCGGAGCGCACCUGUGGCUAUAAGUGGUGUAUAGACGUGGACAGAUGGACAACAGGAAAAAAACAAUACGGGGGGUUCAGUUUGCGUCGUGCAUUUCUUCCUUCUUCUUUCUUUCUUUUUUUUUUUUUUUGUGUGUGUGUGAGAGGGUGGUGGUGUCAGGACCACUGAGAAGGGACGACUGAGUCCGAAGAAGGUCGGGAUGAGAAUGAAGGUCUAAUUCCGCGCUCUCGUGGUUGUCGAGCGGAUGGCGAUACCGAUGAGAAUGCAGACGAUGAAGACGACGCGCUACAGAGGAACUGUGACGUGUGGGAAAGACUUAAGAGAAAGCAACGUUGGAGCGGUAAUCCGUGGGUUCACCUGCGAGUUGACCACCAGGAUGCGCACACAGGUGCCGCGGCACCUCGGUGAAAGUCCCCGGUGAAGAGGGCACUGACCACUGAGGCUCCAGGCAGCCAUCGACUGGGACCACUUGCAGACAUAUACAGUACUGCGCGUCCGUAUACGAUGCCCACGAACAUUGACCGAAAGGGGAAGACACAGAGCACGAUAGGGGAUCUAUACAGAGUCACAACAAGUCCACAUCCCGGAUGCCACACUAUACAAUCGUCGGCACAUCCGUUCUCGAACGCCACUCCUUGGUUCUCCCCUCCUCUGCAACUCCCAGUCACAGUUGUUAUAGUGUCACAUCAAACGUCGUCCGUGUCCUUUCCACACGCAAUGGAUUUGCAUCUGCACCUAUUACUAUUCUGCUUAUGCAUUAUUCCACUAUACACCGAAGCAAGGCCAAAUUACGGCAUGUGUCCCGAACUUCGUGAUUGUUCUUGUCACGUGUUUCCGCGUGGACUGGAAGUCAACUGUGCGAAAGUGCCGGACGUCAGAAGAAUACCGCAGGAUCUGCGAAGACUACAAGGACACCGUCUUGCGACACUCGCAUUUCUUGCAGUGGACCUGAAGACUAUUCCCGCAUUUUACUUCGCGAACCUUACGAUCCCAGCGCUCAAGAUCGCAAGCUGCAUGCUGGAAUCUCUGGACGAUGAAGCCUUCGUCGACACGGGGCCGAUGCAGUCCCUGGACAUGUCCAACAAUCAUCUCGCGACGAUUCCGGGAGCACUACGCGCGUUAAACGGACUGCAAGAGCUAAAGCUGUCGCACAACAGGAUUAAGGUUAUCAACGACGAAUUGGCUCAUCUAGCGCCGACCCUGAAGGUGUUGUGGUUGAAUAAUAAUUUGAUAGAACGUAUCGACAAGGACUCGCUAAGGAACUUCAACAACCUCGUGAAGGUGGAUCUCUCAAAGAACAGCCUUCGAAGCAUUCAACCCCUCUUCAAAGGACUGCAGUCGCUGAUGGAAAUAGACUUGAAAUACAACGCCAUACAGCAUGUAGACUCCGCGUUCACGGAGCUUCCGGCGCUGCAGACACUGAAGCUUACCGGAAACAACAUAACCAGCACGGAAGGACUGACUUCGCCGUCGUCUCCCGCACUGCGUGUACUAUGGCUCGACCAGAAUCCCAUCGCCAGCAUCUCGGAAUUCAGCUACAACGCUCUCGUCACAAUGAGUAUAGUAAAUUGCAGAGUACUUUACGCCAGCCAGUACGCGUUCGCAUAUUCCCCAGAGCUCAAGUAUCUUGACCUAUCGAGCAAUAGGAUGUCCUUCAUACCAGGCACCGCCUUCCACGAGGAGUCAAAGCUCAUCCGACUGAAGGCCAUCGAGAAUUCAAUAUUUACCCUGGAAGGCACGUUCAACGCUACACGACAGCUACAGGUCAUAGUGCUCUCCGGGAAUAAGAUAAGGGAGAUAAGCGACGUGUUCACCGGACUCGCACGACUCCUGAGUCUCAACCUGAACGGAAAUCGAAUCGAAUCGAUAGCGGACAUGACGUUCGAGACUAAUCGAAACCUGAAGACCCUGAGUUUGAACGAGAACCGAAUAGAGUGGUUGGGCAAGGACGCCUUUCGCGGUCUUGGCGACUUAGAAGAGCUCUUCCUGAACGAUAACAGGCUGACAACCCUUAACGGUUCUUUCAGUUACAUGCCUGAACUACGGUCCUUGUACCUGGACCACAAUCAGUUGACUAGGAUACGAGAGACAGAUUUUGUGAAUGUACCGCUCCUGAGCUACGUGGGUGCUGCCAACAAUCAUAUAAGCGACGUGAGAGGAGCCUUCAAGUAUUCAGGACGUCUGGGUGAUGUCGUGCUGGAGGACAACCGUCUCCACCAGGUACACCGUGCCAGCUUUCCAGACUCUUUCGCAAAUGCUUCGGCGGUACGUCUUAAGGGAAAUCCGCUUCAAUGCGACUGCCAGCUGACAUGGUUGCUCCCCAUGGUGCAGAGGAAGAAUCCAUUGUGGAGCCCAACCUGCUCUGGUCCACCCUGGUUAUCGGGUCUGUCUCUGCUGAACGUUUCUGCGAGCAUGCUUCGCGACUCACCCGAAGACUGCGACCCCAGUUGUAGCUGCACGUGCAAGCCGGACGACCGGUACGGAAAGUCGACCCACGUGGAUUGUUCCAAGGCCAACCUGACGCGGACCCCCGAUGUGUUUCCGAGCGACGCCAGUGUCGUCGAUCUCAGCGGAAAUGAUCUGCGAACCCUGGGCAGCAGCUUGGUAGAUGGAGCGCCACACCUGGAGGCACUAGUGCUCAGCGACAACUCUUUCUCGGAGCUGAGUGUGAAGGAAAUCCCGAAAAGCCUCAAGAGCUUGGAUUUGCGGAACAACAGUUUCACGAGGUUCCCGAGAGACGUCGUGGCUGGAUUGAAUUUGACGUCUCUGUGGUUGGCUGGAAACGAAUGGAUCUGCGAUUGCGAGAGUUACGCCUUCAAGCUGUGGGCACAAGUUAAUGACGUACUAAUCCAGGACGGCGCCUUGACCAUCUGCGGAGACGGAUCCAUCGCCGAAGUUCGCGGGAAGGCGAUCAUCAACUUGGGGCUGUGGGACCUCUGCUCGUCGGCCGCGUCAUGGAUCGUCUUCGCAGUUUCCGCCUUCGUGCUCUUAAUAAUCAUAUUAAGCGCCGCGAUGAUCUGCAUGAAGCGCUCGCGCCAGAUCAAAGUGUGGCUCUUCGCCAGAGGUCUUCUGUGCGUCCAGGAGAACGAUGUGGACAAAGACAAAGUCUUCGACAUCUUCCUCUCGUUCAGUAGCAAGGACUCCGACUGGGCCUACGCGAACUUAGUUCCUCGGAUAGAAAGUGAAGGGUUCUCGGUGUGCACCUACGACAGGAACUUCAAGGGAGGAUUCCUUCUACAAGACAUCAUACAGGAGGCCGUGUCUUGUUCGCGUCGCACGCUGCUUCUCCUCACACAAAACUUUGUGGAGAGCGAGUGGUGCCGGUGGGAGUUUCGGGUGGCACACCACAACGCCCUGCGGGAAAGGAUCAACCGCCUCAUCGUGGUCGUCACCGAAGACAUUCCCGACGACGUGGACGAAGAACUGCUCGUGUACAUGAAGGCUACCUGCUACCUCCGCUGGGGAGAAAGAAAUUUCUGGAACAAACUCAUGUAUUCCCUGCCGAGGAAAAGCUGUAAUGCCGAACGAGGAAGUGUUCCGCUCUCCAUCAUAGCAGCCGACGACGCUCGGAGAAUACUGAAUGAUCUUCGAAGACUACGAGGACACCGUCUUUCGACACUCGUGUUUGUUGGAGUCGACAUGAAGACUAUUCCCGCAUUUUACUUCGCGAACCUUACGAUCCCAGCGCUCAGGAUCGCAAGUUGCUCGCUGGAAUCUCUGGACGACGAAGCCUUCGUCGACACGGGGCCGAUGCAGUCCCUGGACAUGUCCAACAAUCAUCUCACGACGAUUCCGGGAGCUCUACGCGAGUUAAAUGGACUGCAAAUACUAACGCUGUCGCACAACAGAAUUAAGAUUAUCAACGACGAAUUGGCUCAUCUAGCGCCGACCCUGAAGGAGUUGUGGUUGAACAAUAAUUUGAUAGAUCGUAUCCACAAGGACUCGCUGAGGAACUUCAACAACCUCUCGAAGGUGGAUCUUUCGAACAACAGCCUUCGAAGCAUUCAACCCAUCUUCGAAGGAUUGCAGUCGCUCGAGGAGGUAGACUUGCAAUACAACGCCAUACAGCGUGUGGGAUCUACAUUCACGGGUCUUCCCGCGCUGCAGAAACUGGAGCUUUCCGGAAACAACAUAACCAGCGUGGAAGGACUCACUUUGACGUCGUCUCCCGCACUGCGCCAUCUAUGGCUGGACUACAAUCCCAUCGCCAACAUAACGGCGUUCAACUACAACGCUCUCCUCACGAUAAGCGUACAAAAUUGCAGAGUGUCCCACGUGAGCCAGAACGCGUUCGCAAAUUCCCCAAAGCUUAAGUACCUUUACCUAUCGAGCAAUAACAUAUCGUUCAUACCGGGCACCGCCUUCCACGAGCAGUCAGAGCUCCUCGACCUGAAAGCUAUGGACAAUUCAAUCACGACCCUGGAAGGCACGUUCAACGCUACACGACGGAUACAGAAGAUAGUGCUCGCCGGGAAUAAGAUAAGGGAGAUAAGCAACGCGUUCACCGCACUCGCGCGGCUCCUGGUUCUCAACCUGAACCGAAAUCGAAUCGAAUCGAUAGCGGACAUGACGUUCGAGACUAAUCGAAACCUAAAGGACCUGCAUCUGUAUGGGAACCGAAUAGAGUGGUUGGGCAAGGAUGCCUUUCGCGGUCUCGACAACUUAGCUACGCUUGUGCUGGACGGAAACAGGUUGAAGUCCCUUAACGGUUCUCUUAGUUACAUGCCCGAGCUACGGCACUUGUUCCUGGACAACAAUCGGUUAACUCGAAUAGGAGAGAGAGAUUUUGUGAAUGCGCCGCACCUGCGGAAUAUACGUGCCAAGAGCAACAGUAUAAUCGACGUGAGGGGAGCUUUCAAGCAUUUAGAAAGCUUGCAAAGCGUCGUGUUGGAGGAGAACAGUCUGCGCCAGCUGCAUCGAGCCAGUUUUCCAGACUCUAUCGCAAAGGAUGCAAAGGUGUAUCUUCAAGGAAAUCCGCUCCAAUGCGACUGUCAGCUGACCUGGUUGCUCCCCAUUGUGCACCGCAGCAGUCUAAAGAACCUAACCUGCGACGGCCCAUCCUGGUUAGCGGGUCUGUCUCUGCUGAACGUCCCUGCCAGCACGCUUCGCGACUCGCCCGAAGACUGCGACCCCGGUUGUAGCUGCACGUGCAAGCCGGAUAACCGGUACGGAAAGUCGACCCACGUGGAUUGUUCCAAGGCCAACCUGACGCGGACCCCCGAUGUGUUUCCGAGAGACGCCAGUGUCGUCGAUCUCAGCGGAAAUGAUCUGCGAACCCUGGGCAGCAGCUUGGUAGAUGGAGCGCCACACCUGGAGGCACUAGUGCUCAGCGACAACUCUUUCUCGGAGCUGAGUGUGAAGGAGAUCCCGAAAAGCCUCAAGAGCUUGGAUCUGCGAAAUAAUAGCUUCACGAAGUUCCCGACAGACGUCGUAGUUGGAUUGAAGUUGACGUCUCUGUGGUUGGCUGGAAACGAAUGGAUCUGCGACUGCGACAGUUAUGACUUCAAGCUGUGGACCCAAGUUAAUGACUUUGUGAUCCACGAUAGCAACUUGACCAUCUGCGCAGACGGAUCGGUCCCCGAAGCUCACGGGAAGGCGAUCGUCAACUUGGUGCUGAGCGACCUCUGCCCGUCAGCCGCGUGGAAGAUCGUCUUUGCAGUUCCCGCCUUCGCGCUCUUAAUAGUCGUAUUAAGCGCCACGAUGAUCUACCUGAAGCGCUCGCGCCAGAUCAAAGUGUGGCUCUUCGCCAGAGGUCUUCUCUGCGUCCAGGAGAACGAUGUGGACAAAGACAAAGCCUUCGACGUCUUCCUCUCGUUCAGUAGCAAGGACUCCGACUGGGCCUACGCCAACUUAGUUCCUCGGAUAGAAGGCGAAGGGUUCUCGGUGUGUACCUACGACAGGAACUUCAAGGGAGGAUUCCUUCUACAAGACAUCAUACAGGAGGCCGUGUCUUGUUCGCGUCGAACGCUGCUUCUCCUCACACAAAACUUUGUGGAGAGCGAGUGGUGCCGGUGGGAGUUUCGAGUGGCACACUGCAACGCUCUCCGGGAAAGGAUCAACCGUCUCAUCGUGGUCGUCACCGAAGACAUUCCCGACGACGUGGACAAAGAACUGCUCGUGUACAUGAAGGCUACCUGCUACCUCCGCUGGGGAGAAAGGAAUUUCUGGAACAAACUCAUGUGUUCCCUGCCGAGGACAAACUUGGACCUGAAGACUAUUCCCGCAUUUUACUUCGCGAACCUUACGACCUCAGCGCUCAAGAUCGCAAGCUGCAUGCUGGAAUCUCUGGACGAUGAAGCCUUCGUCGGCACGGGGCCGAUGCAGUCCCUGGACAUGUCCAAUAAUAACCUCACGACGAUUCCGGGAGCACUACGCGCUUUAAAUGGACUGCAAGAGCUAAAGCUAUCGCACAACAGGAUUAAGGCUAUCAACGACGAAUUGGCUCAUCUAGCACCGACCCUGAAGGAGUUGUGGUUGAACAAUAAUUUGAUAGAACGUAUCGACAAGGACCCGCUCAGGAACUUCAGCGAGCUCCCGAAGGUGGAGGAUCUUUCAAACAACCACCUUCGAAGCUCUGAACCCCUCCUCCUCAAAGGAUUGCAGUCGCUGGUGGAGAGGGACGUGGGACACGACGCCAUACGGCAUGUAGGCCCUACAUUCAGGAAGCUUCCAGCGUUGCGGAUACUGAAGCUUUCCGGAAACAACAUAACCAGCGUGGAAGGACUCACUUUGACGUCGUCUCCCGCACAGCGCCAACUAUGGCUGGACGACAAUCCCAUCGCCAACAUCACGGUGUUCAGCUACAACGCUCUCCUCACGAUAAGCGUACGAAAUUGCAGCGUGUCCCACGUGAGCCAGUACGCGUUCGCGUAUUCCACAGAGCUUAGGUACCUUUACCUAUCGCGCAAUAACAUAUCGUUCAUACCGGGCACCGCCUUCCACGAGGAGUCAAAGCUCAUCCUAAUGCGGGCUAGCGAGAAUUCAAUCACGACCCUGGAAGGCACGUUCAACGCUACGCGAUUGAUAAAUACCUUAGUGCUCUGGGGGAAUAAGAUAAGGGACAUAAGCAACGCGUUCACCACACUCGAACUGCUCGUGAUUCUCAACCUGAGCCGAAAUCGAAUAGAAUCGAUAGCGGACAUGACGUUCGAGACGAAUCGAAACCUGAAGAUCCUGUAUUUGAACGAAAACCGAAUAGAGUGGUUGGGCAAGGACGCCUUUCGCGGUCUCCACGACCUAGAGGUGCUCUUGCUGAACGGGAACAGGUUGACAACGCUAAACGGUUCCCUCAGUCACAUGCCUAGAUUACAGUCCGUGCACUUGGAAAACAAUCAGUUGACGAGGAUAGGGGAGAGAGAUUUUGUAAGUGUACCGCACCUGCGGAAUAUCAGUGCAAAGAACAACAGUAUAAUCGACGUGAGGGGGGCUUUCAAGCAUUUAGGAAGUUUGGGAAUCAUCGUGUUGGAGGAGAACCUCCUGCGCCAGGUACAUCGAGCCACUUUUCCAGACUCCAUCGCAAAGGGUGCAAAGGUGUAUCUUCAAGCUCGUGCCACAGAACGUCGUUUUCUAAUGACCUUAAACGCCACGAUGGCGAAACGGUCCAGACGCUAA